AUGGAUGAAACAAAAUGUUCAUCAUCUUCCUGGCGAUCUCUGCUUUCUCUUCAUGGUCUAGCUGCAGUGUUUCUAAAGGCAAGGGUGGGUAAUGGUCAGCAAGCUUGUAACAGCAAUGGAUGGCUUCUUAGAGGAGCCCGAUCUCCGGCUGAAGAGGAGCUUCACACACACCUCACCACCAUUCCUCUCCCCUCGCUAAGCUCCACAGAAGACUCUUACGUAUGGGAGAUAGAUGGAAAUGAGUUGCAGAACUUCUCCACAAGCAAAACGUGGAGCAUGGUGAGAAACAGGGCUUCGGAGCAGAACUGGACUCUGAACAUUUGGUUCAAAGGUCACAUCCCGAGACACGCCUUCACAACCUGGGUGGCGCAUCAGGAUCGUUUACCUACCAGAUCAAGACUAGUUGAUUGGGGCAUGAAAAUCCCUUCAUCUUGCUGUCUCUGUAGCUUGGCGGAUGAGAGUAGAGACCAUUUGUUCCUCCAAUGUGAGGUAAGUGAAGCAGUUUGGGCAUCUGUGCUGGUCCGACUCGGAUAUUCCCACUGGGGGUUCCACACUUGGACUGCCUUCUCGGAAUGGAUGAGUUUUCGAGACACGGUAGUGAGCUUGACACUCAAGCACAUGGUUGCUCAAGUCACCAUAUCAACGCUCUGGACAGAGAGAAACAACCGGCUGCAUGAUGGAGUGUCUCAGUCGCCUGCGGUUAUCUUCAAGAGAAUCGACCGCAUCAUCCAGGACGCAAUUCUUGGCAGAAGGAAUACUGAUCUGUUCCGGCCUCUGAUGCAGGAAUGGUUCAGAUAUGAGUAG